CUCCAAGCUGAAACCCACAAGUCAUGAUUUGCUGAGUCCGCAACUCGGUGAAACCAAGGGCUCAAGCUCAAUCGCCGCCGUCGUCGCCGCCGUCGUCGCCGUCGUCGCCGCCACCGACUCAUCCCCAACUCGCCGCCAUGUCGUGGCUAGCUCGAUCCAUCGCCAAUUCGCUCAAGCUCGACGACGACGACGGCGACGAAGAAUCCGAUCGGAACCCUGGCGCCACCAGCCCCGAUCCCUCUCCGCCACCGAAGACGGCCGUCGGGCCAUCGGGCUCGCCGUCCUCCCCGUCCAAUGAGUCCCCUAGAGGCGUCAAAGAAGACCUCUCCGAGCUCAAGAAGACCCUGACCCGGCAACUCUGGGGCGUCGCCUCCUUCCUCGCGCCUCCGCCUGAUCCUUCCUCGCCCCCUCCGGCACGGCAGGCCGGAGGUCCCGAUCCAAGCUCCCCGCCGCCGCCCGGUGGGCCGCCUCCGCCGCAGGAGCCGUCCGAUCGGGAGGAUCCCGACGAUGAGGCGCUGAUCGCCGGGAUACGAAGCGAUUUCGCGGAGAUUAGCGGCAGGUUCAGGAGCGGGAUCUCCAAAUUGUCGAACAACAAGACCGUAUGGGAGUUCACUAAGAUCGCUUCCAAUUUACUGCAGCUGGGGCCGGAGGGGGAUUCCGUGGAUGAGGGUUUGGUUGGAAAUGCAGUUGGAGUGACAGAGGAGGUCUUGGCUUUUGCGAGGAACAUUGCGAUGCAUCCCGAGACCUGGCUUGAUUUCCCUCUACCGGAUAAUGAAGAUGCUUAUUCUGAUGAAUUUGAACUGUCUGAUGCGCAAGAAGAGCACGCUUUAGCGAUUGAACGGCUUGCACCAAGAUUAGCUGCUCUUAGGAUGGAACUAUGCUCAGAGUACAUGAGUGAUGGUUGUUUCUGGAAGAUUUACUUUGUUCUUUUGCAUCCCAGACUCAACAAACAAGAAGCCGAACUACUUUCAACACCACAAAUAUUGGAAGCAAGAGCAAUGCUGAUGCAUGAGUUACAGAACCGGGGCAAUGCAAAAGUUGAAUCAGGCUGGUCUGGAAGAGAUUCAAGAACAGACUCUGUGGAUUCAUCACAUGAAGAACAUUUAUCCGUGCCUUCAGGUGCUCAAUCUGAAUCUGCACCUUCUCAACUCUCUGUUGCUGGAGCAACUGAACCCGCAGCAGUGGCUAUCACUGAGACGGAGAAACAUCCGGUGGAGGUCACUGAAAUACAAAUUAUUGAAAAACCUGUUGUCGAGGAAAAAACGAUGUAUCAGAAAGAGUAUCAGCAUUCACAUUCUGGAUCCUCUUCAAGGGUCUUGGAUGAAAAGUCUGAAGAUGAUGCUGAUGAUUGGUUGAAGGAGGAGGAGACUUUGGAAGGAGCUGAUGCAAGAGGAACCACCGUUCAUAUAGAGAAUGACGAGGACGUGUCAUUUAGUGAUCUCGAGGAUGAUGAUGGAGACAUGCCCACAACUUAUAAGAAAGUUACCUAUGGCUCUGAUUCUUCCACAAAAGAUUCGAGAGACUGGGUUCAGUUAGGUGGAAGCUCUGAUGACUCUAGCAAAGAGGUGAAUCUUGGUGAUAAGAAAGGUGCUAAAUCUGAGAAGGUGACCGAUCGUGAUCUGGAGAUUAAGGAAUCAAAUGAUUGGCUCAAUGUUGAUGACAUCGACGAGGUAUGAUUAUACAAUUGUACACUUCCAAGAUGCAUAUGUUCGUACAUUUCUUUCAAGUUGCCUGUUCUAUCGUAAAUACUUAUGUUAUGGUUUUCUCAGUCUAAUGUAGGCUCUGGAAACUGAUGGUUGUACAUAAUUUCACGUCUGAAAUCUAUCAUUGUGUAUGGAAUGUCCCAAGUCCAAUUGUUGCAAUUCAGUGCAGCUAGCCCAUAGUUUGUUUGCCAAACUUUGGUCAUAUGAAAAUAAGAAAAGUUCAUUGAAGGCCUGA